CCCAGACCAGACAGAGAUUUCCCGAGACAGUUCAAAGACCUCAGGCCAUCACCUGAAGAAAUAGAAGAAAUUGAAUCGGAAAUGCAGGAAUUCGAUCCUGAAUCCGAGCCACCACAAGAACUCUUCACAUCAUCAGAGAUGAAGAGAAAAGAGGAUCUUUCGGACACCCGAGAAGCAUUGAUGGAUUCUCCAUACGCAAGCCAACGCUUUCGGAUCUCAAUGGACCAAAUAAAACCAGAAAGCGAAGAACCCUAUGAUGUAUCCUACACGCGUCGAUUACUCAAAUCAUCGAUCAGAGAAUUAGAAACGACGCGUCGAGACCUGCCAGAACUAUUAAUGGAAAAGCUCUCUGCCAGAUUCCCAGAAUCCGCGCCGGACAGUGAAGAGGACAUUCACACAGAGAUGAGUAGUUUGCUGGCGAAUCCAUCAUCUGAGGGAAGUUACGAUGGACCGUCAUGCGGGGUUCUGCCACCAAAUGAGGGUCUACUACAAGGACAUAGAGGAUUCGAUGCGAGAAUGUUUCCAGACGUUACCGACAAACUAAGAAUGUGGCCAGCAUCAUCAUGGGCUUGGAAACAGAGAGAGGAAUCUACUGCCGCAAGUCCUCAACACGAAAGAUCUACAAACACGGGAGAAGAUUCUUUAUUCAAUUAUCUUCUCUCACAAAUGAAAACGUUGGUAAAUAAGGAGGAGGAGGAGGAGAACGGAUUCCGCUACCACCAACUGGGAGAGCUGGGCGCGGACAUCUGGCGCCAGCUCAAGGUGCGCGCCAACGCGCUGCGCCACCUGGUCGCCAGGGACCCGCUCGCGGCCGACGUCAAGCUCACGCUCUUCGCCAGCGCCGUCUUCAGCUACAGGCGAGUGGGUGCACCGCACCACCGACAUCCCUCCGAAAGCGACGAGGGUCUUCGCAGGCGAAAACCCACGGCACUCCAGCAGGCGGAGAUAGAGAGGAGUUACUCUAAGAAGGGACCACUUUGA